AUGUCUGCCGCCGGAUCUAUCAACACUAGCACGGGCCAACAUGCCGUGGACCCCUACAAGACACAGAACUUCGAGGACCCACCUCUUCCCCAGAAGAUCGAAGACCUAGCUGCUUUUAUCUCAGAAGUCAAGUUUGGCAUGCUGACGACGAAGCAAUCAGAGGGUGAAUACUUAGCUUCGCGAUGCAUGGCUUUAGCAGCUCAGGAGCAUGGCGGCAUCGACCUCAUUUUCCACACAAACCUCUUCUCCGGCAAAACCAUGGAUCUGACCGUCCACCCACAAGAAACCAACAUGUCCUUCCUGGACCCAGUAAGCGGCGCCUGGGCCUCCAUCUCGGGAACGGCAAGCGUCGUCGCAGACCCAGCCACCGUAGAGAAAUAUUACUCGCCCGCACUCAAAGCCUGGUUAGGUGAUAUGGGUGAUGGCGUGCAUGAUGGUGGACCCUCAGAUCCGCGCAUUGGUGUUAUUAAGCUGGAAGCAAAGCUGGCGACGCAUGUCGUUGCACGAAAGGGAAUUAUUGGGAGGGCCGUUGAUACAGUCAAGGGAGCUGUGCAGGGCAAUGUUCCUCCCGUCAAUUCCAUCCGGGAGCUGAGUGCAGAGGAAUUGGCUGAGUGGCGUCGCACACAUCAAUCAUCAUAA